CCCAUUGGGACAGCCGUGAGAGCUGCGCGCAUGCGCUUUCCUGUGAUAUUCUCCUGGCUGGCUACUCCUCCCGGUUUCUCCUGCACCAAACCAAACAAGUUGGUCCUUUCAAAUAAAAACAAAUAGAUUGUUUUAUAUUUCACCGAUGAAGUAUGGCAUUUAAUUUCGGAAAGAUCAUCGUCGGCAUUUACGUGGAAAUUAAACGAAGCGAUGGACGAAUACACCAAGCGAUGGUCACGUCCCUGAAUGAGGACAACGAGAGCGUCACCGUGGAGUGGAUCGAGAACGGGGACACCAAGGGGAAGGAGAUCGACCUGGAGAGUAUAUUUUCACUGAAUCCAGAUUUAGCCGCAGAGGAGGAGACUGCUCCCAGCCCAGAAACCCCUCCACCACCCGUCCAGAGUUCAGUGAAAGUUAGUAAGGUACCCAAGAAUCAGAACCGACGAACGGUAGCGCCACCUAAGAAUGAAAUUCCUAAAGACAACCGAGUGGGGAUGACCCGCGCCCGGCAAAACCAGCCCCAGGAACCAGCACCCCCACCCCCAGCGAUGCCCCUCACACAGCAGCAGACCCUGCAGCAGCAGCAGAACGCCCGCAGGAAAUCCAACUGCGUGAAGGAGGUGGAGAAGCUGCAGGAGAAGAGGGAGAGGAGGCGUCUACAGCAGCAGGAGCUGAGGGAGAAGAGAGCGCAGGACGUGGACGCCACAAACCCCAACUCUGAAAUUAUGUACAUGAUCCGAGACUUCAGAGCAAGCCUCGACUACCGGCCUCUGACAACAGCUGAUCUGAUCGAAGAGCACAGAAUAUGCGUUUGUGUCAGGAAACGUCCGCUGAAUAAGAAAGAGCUGACCGUGAAGGACCUUGAUGUCAUCACCAUUCCCAGCAAAGAUGUGGUCAUGGUCCACGAGCCGAAACAGAAGGUGGACCUCACCAGGUACCUGGAGAACCAGACCUUCCGAUUCGACUACGCCUUCGACGACUCCACCACGAAUGAAAUGGUUUACAGCUUUACCGCCAGGCCGCUGGUGGAGACCAUAUUUGAGAGGGGAAUGGCCACCUGCUUCGCCUACGGACAGACAGGAAGUGGCAAAACGCACACAAUGGGAGGAGAUUUUUCAGGGAAGAACCAGGACUGUUCAAAAGGAAUCUACGCAUUAGCUGCUCGGGACGUUUUCCUCAUGUUAAAGAAACCAAACUACAAGAAGUUAGAUCUACAGGUGUACGCAACCUUCUUCGAAAUCUACAGUGGAAAGGUGUUCGACCUGCUGAAUCGGAAGGCCAAGCUGCGGGUUCUGGAGGACGGGAAGCAGCAGGUGCAGGUGGUGGGGCUGCAGGAGUGCGAGGUCAAAUGCACCGAGGACGUCCUGAAGCUCAUCGAGGUGGGCAACAGCUGCAGGACGUCCGGCCAGACCUCGGCCAACGCCCACUCGUCCCGCAGCCACGCGGUGUUCCAGAUCAUUCUGCGGCGGAAGGGGAAGAUGCACGGCAAGUUCUCGCUCAUCGACCUGGCGGGGAACGAGCGCGGCGCGGACACGUCCAGCGCCGACCGGCAGACCCGCCUGGAGGGCGCCGAGAUCAACAAGAGCCUGCUGGCGCUAAAGGAGUGCAUCAGGGCCCUGGGCCGCAAUAAACCUCACACUCCGUUCAGGGCGAGCAAGCUCACCCAGGUCUUACGCGACUCCUUCAUCGGCGAGAACUCCAGGACCUGUAUGAUUGCCACCAUCUCGCCUGGAAUGGCGUCCUGUGAGAACACACUAAACACGCUGAGAUACGCCAACAGGGUGAAGGAGUUUGGGAUAAGUCCGUCGGACAUUCCCUUCUCCCAGAGCGGCGGCGGCGGCCGCUCCGAGCUGUCGCCCACCUACGAGUACGAGGACUUUUCCACCUCGCCCAGCAGGGUGAAGGAGCUCACGGUGGACCCCAACGCGGUCCUGGACGGGCGCCCCAACAUCCACGCCAUCAACCAGCUGGACGUGCUGGAGGCGCAGUGGGGGAUGGGCAGCUCCCCGCAGCGGGACGACCUGAAGCUGCUCUGUGAACAGAACGAAGAGGAAGUCUCUCCGCAGCUCUUCACCUUCCACGAGGCCGUGUCCCAGCUGGUGGAGAUGGAGGAGCAGGUGCUGGAGGACCACAGGGCCGUCUUCCAGGUGAUCAUACGGUGGCUGGAGGACGAGAAGGUGCUGCUGGAGAUGACGGAGGAGGUGGAUUAUGACGUGGAGUCCUACGCCACGCAGCUGGAACAGAUACUGGAGCAAAAGAUCGAGAUCCUCACAGAGCUGAGAGACAAAGUGAAGUCGUUUCGCUCGGCGCUCCAGGAGGAGGAGCAGGCCAGCCAGCAGAUCAACCCCAAACGGCCGCGGGCCCUUUGAGCCGGCCAGUCCGCCGGUUAGCCGGGCCAAACGGGCGCGGCCAGUCCGGCCGGUAACCGGGCCCUGGACCCUUUAAUACCGGCCGCCCAAAACCCCGGCCGCACCACGAACUCUCUUCAGAGACUCCGUCCCCGCCCACAAGUUAUUUUUGUGUUGUACACGAGAUUACCCCGCCAUGGUGUUAAAAAGUGUUUUUCCACGUGUUCCCCACUCCUUUGUACGCAUUCGGUUAAGACCUGGAUAUCACGUCUGGUCACCUGUGUUGAACGUGUUACGGUUUUAUCACGAGACGAUGGUCGGGCUGGUUUGAAAAAAAUAAAAAAAAGUAUGCAUGCGCAAACCAGCCGAUUGUAAUUAACCAUCCUGAAUCAGGGUUUGGAAUCAGUUCCAUUUCCUGUGAAUUCAGUUAAUUUAAAUUCAGUUUGUGAAUUGAAAAUAAAGUUGUAUGAGGAUUG